AAAAGAGACAACCCUAGAUGAGUGUACACAGUAUAGAUGUGAUUGACUUUAAAUAGCAGCAUGUUGGGGGCUGGUGCCUAUUGAAUACUGUCUCGCCAAGCCUCUCUAUUGUCAGAAACCUUCUAAUGUGUGAGAGCUACCUACAUGGCUAGGACGACGACGUACCCAGAGUGAAAACAGUCGCACGGUUACUAUCAAUGACCUCUUGACUAGUGUAACGCAGUGGUCCGUCGUAUUUUCUACGGAUGCAAUAUCAUGAUCCUGUAUUUUCCUGUGCAAAUCACCAACAGCGUGCUUUAAUUAAUCUAUGGUGUGGGAGUGAGCUUCGGGCUUGGGUUUUAGGGGCCAGGAGAAGGGGGGCCGACGAUCGAGGUCUAUCGUUUGUUUGGCUGCUGAGUAUUCCAGCUACUGAGUCUCAAAUCACAUGUUAAGUGAUCCACGCCUGAAAUGUAUUGUACUUUGAACACAUACAUAUUCCUCCUAUAAGGCUGUAUCACCACGGUCUGGUUUGUGUAUGGCAGAACUAAUGUGCAUUGAAUUUGCAUGCGAUGAUCCUUGACAGAUGACGUCUGCGUAUUGAGUGUGAAUCCCGAACAGCGCCCUACCAACAUUGGAUGAAACUUUACCUCCCCUCUGCCUGCCCCGCCCCUACCCCCUCUCUACAACCUCCCUGCAUGAACUGUCCCCACUGCAUGAGACUAACCGACAGUGAUUGAUGCGUAUUUGGGAGCAUGGCGUUUAUAUUGGAGUUGCCAAGGCGAUUUAUGUCUUUCAUCAACCGUUUGUUCCAUGGAUGGGACUCCUUAUCAGAGGUUGGAGAUGAAAGUGCCGAAGAGAGUGACUGGUCUUCCGAGGAGGAAGGCUCUUCCAAACGACCUCGUACCGACAGCGGUCACAGAAAAGCCCGUCGCUCCCAGCGUGCGGGCAAAGCGCGCAAACCCAAGAACAAUGCUGGCGCUAAGGACGCCAAGUCCGAAGAGAAAGCCAAGGGGAAGGCUUCUGAAGAUGCUUCGUCACAGGCAAGGGCGCCGAUGACGAGCUUAGCCGAGAUCUUGUCAAGUAAGGAGGGACUGAAGAGUGCAGGGCAGAAGUCUAACUCCAAGGAGAAUAUCUCUGGCGCUGAUGAAGUGGAUGGAAAGGGGGCGAAGGAUGUGAAAAAUGUCUCAGCAGUUCCUAGAAAAAGUAGCAACGCUGAUGCAACAAGCCCUACUGUUAUUAAAAUUAAACCCCCACCUCCCAAAGCUCCCAAACCUAAAGCAAAGAGGACAAGCAGCACCAAAUCUAUCGAUACCUCUGGAGACAAAACAGGCGAUACAAAGAGAAACGACAAGACGUUCAGUUUCGGCUCUCUUGAAAACAUCUUUGAUGGGAUGGAAGUAACACAACCCAAGCUGACGUCCUACAAGCGCACCAUGGGGCCUCAGGGCAGAAGACUUCCACAGCGAUAUUCCAACCAAUCACAACGCUACUCCAAUCAGAGUCGCAACUCGAUGACGGCCGUCUCUGCUUGAGGGCGCUCUUCUUAUAACAAAAUGUACAUAGUGAAGUGUAAUUAUUCCUUCUCUUUGAUAAAAAUGAUUAUAUCAUAAGAUUGUAACCGAGAAAGCGUGCGCGACAGGAGGAAAUUUUGCGUGUGAUUUAACAUAUUCUUUUCUCCGUUUCUUUUGUUGUACGAGUACAAAUUUGUGCAUUGAUUUGAUUAAGUAUUUCACACUUAUUACCCGAUUCUAAGAAAGUAAGUUAUUUUAAGCUCUGUAUUACACAGAAGGUUAUAUGUUGUUUGUACAUGAUAAGCUCUCUGUUAGAUUUGUCGUACUUUACCAAUUUUGUUCUUUCUUGCCUUUGUAUGACAGCUCGUUAAUGAACGUGAAUUUUGAAGCUUCCAUGAAGGGUAAGCCUUCAGCAAAUAGCUAGUCCCUAUUAUGUUGUAGUGUUAUGACAAUGUUACAUCCUGGCGUACAGAUGAUGCAGUCCGUCUCAAAUCUCCUCCAUAUCUAUGCAAUGUGUGUUAACGCACAUGUCUCUAUUAAACACAGUUAUUUUCAAGUGUUUUAGGUUGUUCCGUCAUGCGCUGGGACAUGUAGAAUAAUUUUGUGCUCCUAAAAAGCAACUGCUUUUUAAGAAAAUUGCUUGGAUAUGAGAAGAUACAAAGGAAACUGCCAUCUUGUCUGUACACAGGAAAGAGUUAACCUUCCCUUAUCAUGGUGCCGCAAUCUUGUUUCAAUGUUGACGAAGUAUUAUAAUGAAAGUGAGGCCUCGUCGUGGCCGAGCCUUUAGUGCCUCGGACUCAAGUUCUGGUAGUUGAGUCAUAAUGGUGUGGGUUCGAAUCCCAGUCAUUCCAAGUCCUAUGUUGGUAUAUUUUGAAACAGUAUACAUUAUUAAUUAAUACGUUAAGGCUUUUUUUGUUUAAACUCAUUGAAAUUAUGUUGAAAAGGCUCCAAAAUGAAUAUUUAAAUGAAAAUAGCAUUAAUAAUGUAUGGUUCUGUUAGACAUUAAUCUUGGGUUUGAAAAGCAAUGUUUAUGUAGCUAUGCAUGUUAUUAAUGUACUAACUACGAGGAACAAUAGAUAAACACAAACCAUUAAAUAAACUUGACACAUAUGCAAUGAUUGUUCAUACUUAUUUACAUACACGUUGCCUCAUUUUUAAUAUUCAUAGAGAUACCCCCAAAUAAUAACUCAAUACAGAAAUGCUCACCGAAAAUGUACACAUUAUUGUUCAGUAUUAAGGAAAACCAGUCCGGUGGAUUGUGAUAUGUUUAACUAUAAGCUUGGAUGUUAAAAACAAACGUGGAUUAACUACACUGAAAACUACUUGACUAGUUGGUUCCUCCAAAAUGAGAGUAAAUAUUUUCAAUUACUGUGUUGUGUGAAAAACACAUAGGGACGCCCAACUUUUUAAUCAAAUUGUUAAAAUUUUUUUAGAAAAACCCACAAGGGGCAUGUCCAGCAUUUUAGUGAAUUUCAACCAAAAACUGAAGAAAAAACACACGAGAUGUAAAUCCGUCUUUUAUUUUUCAAUUUUGGGUCAAAGCUGAAGUUAAAAACAACCACAAGGGUCAUUUUAUUUACAUGUGUAUAUACAUUUUGAGUCAAAAAUUGAAAAAAUCACAAGGGGGACCAGCACUAUUUCAUCAAAUUUCAAUCAAAAUUUGAAGAAAAAUACCACAAGGAUUAAGUCUUGCAAUUUUAUCAACUUUCAGUAAAACAUAUAAGAACAAAAAAGUGGCAAGUCCAGCAUUUUUUAUCAAAUUUUGCUCAAAAGCCCCUUUGAAGACGCAAAUGCUGAAAUCACUUGACAUAAAAUAUUGAUGUUUUAUAUCCUUACUUUUUGUGAGGUCUGGCUUAGUCUUUAGAUGCUAACUCUCAUCUUGAAGGAGCUUGGAAUAAGUGUCUUUUAGAGGAGUUUGUGGAAGCAGAUUACAUUAAUCUUUUUACCUGAUUUUCUUGAAUAUUUGUAUCAAGAAAUA